AGCAUCCCUAGGGCUGGAUAAGAUUUUCAACCUCUCACAUUUCCCUCAAUUCUCUGACGCUGACCCGCGCUGUGACCUGUGAGUUCGAGUUCGAGCCUUCGACCGCCGAUUGUGCGGCAGAGACCUCGGCGACGGCAACUUCUCUCCUCGUCGACGACGACUUCUCAGUUCUCUCAUCGGCGACUGACCUUUAAUGUUCAAUCUUCAACAGGUCUUGUAAGUGACUGGUUAUUUGAUGAGAUGAGCUGCGUUCGCAUAAACAGUUGCCAUCCUGCCUGCGAUUUCAAUGCCUCCUUUCCAUCAUUCACUGCUCCAAAAAGGACUUCAAAACUGAGCACAUUAUCUUCAACUUAUCUGGGCACAAGACUCCCGAAAAUCUCCCUUAAUGCGAAAGUAGGUGUAUACAGACCGCAGCUGUGCAAAACUGUAUGCUUAUUUGGUGGCAAGGGGAAGGCAAGCAAUGACAAUGAGAAUAAAUAUAUUGUGCUGCAUUUUUAAAGCUAACAACAGAUGCACCUAAGGGUGUGGCCUAGUGGUCAAUGAAGUGGGUGAGAAAGGUUCAAAUCCCAGCGGAGGCAAAAACACUAUGUGAUUUUGUGCCAUAUGUCCAAGCCUUGGUGAACAUAGUUAUCUGGUAUCCCGUGGAAUUAGUCGAGGCUUCUCCUUGGAAAGCUCUUGAGAAAACCAUGGGAAAUUUGAAGAAGGAACCGUCAGUUGAGGAUUUAUUGAAGCAACAGAUAAGAAAACAAGAAUAUUAUGAAGGAGGGGAUGGGGGUGGAGAUCGCCCUGGUGGUGGUGGUGGAGGAGGCAGUGACGGUUCUGGUGAGCCAGAUGAAGGUAUUCCAGGGAUCUUGGAUGAGCUAGUACAAGCAGUCUUGGCAACUAUGGGCUUCAUAUUUUUGUACAUCUACAUAAUUGAAGGCGAGGAGAUCAAUGUGUUCACAAAGGACAUUCUCAAGUUUAUCUUUCUAAGGCAAAAGAGUAUUCGUCUAGGGAGAACAAUCGCACGGUGGGAAAGCUACUUCAGAAGCCUGACUGAGAAGAAAGAAGAUCCAUAUUGGUUGGAAAGUGAAAUUAUUAAUACAACUACUUGGUAUGAUAGCCCUGCAAAGUAUAGGAGCAUUCUCAGGAGGUUAGAAUCGAGUUCUUAUUACUGAAAGCAAAGCGGUUCAACCUUUUCCAUCUCUCAAGUUUUGCAAUAGUUUAAACAGUUUUCUUUAGUAAGAGAGAAAGAAGACUAGAAAAACCUGCUGUAAUCACAAAUGCCAUUUUUUGUUUGUUUGUAAAGACCACCAUUUUGGCGGGGGGUUAGACAGACCCCUACCUGUAGAUUAAUAACCAAAACGAGAAACAUACAACAAAAGGAACCAAAUGCCUAUGUUCCUCUGUGAAGUAAAAAGGACUGGACAUGCCCAAUCCAAUAUCACUUAACAUAAAAAAUGGCCAGCUAUGUUAGUACUACUAUGAUUGUAGGAAGUGAGUCUUCCAUGUACAUGUGUUGCUAUGACUUUUGAGCUUACAAAAAAUGUACAAACACAGGAUAUAUACAAACAAUCUAGCCGCAGGUUCUUCAUUUUUGAUC